AUGGAGAUGCCUUCUAAUGCUGAAAGAAUGACACAAUGGUCAAAAUGUGCGAAUUCACUCUUCGUGAUCUUUGUGCCUCUGACUGACCUUCUCUCGACCCAGCAGGGCAUCCAUCCUUCCAUGAGCUCUCAAGUCCCUAAUGCGCAAAGCGGAAGCGGAUGA